GAGCGCGCUGGCGUUGUCCGGGAGCUGUGUGUGCAGCCGGGCCAGGUGGUGGCCCCCGGAGCUGUCCUGCUGAGACUGGAGGGAUGCAGUCACCCCGUGGUCAUGAAGGGGCUGUGUGCCGAGUGUGGCCAAGACCUAACACAGUUGCAGAGCAAGAACGGACGGCAGCGGGCACCACUUUCCACAGCUACGGUGUCCAUGGUGCACAGCGUCCCUGAGCUGAUGGUCAGCUCCGAGCAAGCUGAGCAGCUGGGACGGGAAGAUCAGCAGCGGCUGCAUCGUAACAGGAAGCUGGUGCUCAUGGUUGACUUAGACCAGACCUUGAUCCAUACGACGGAGCAGCACUGUCAGCAGAUGUCCAACAAGGGCAUAUUCCAUUUCCAGCUGGGCCGGGGAGAGCCGAUGCUGCACACACGCCUGCGUCCUCACUGCAGGGAGUUCCUGGAGAAGGUGGCCAAGCUGUACGAGUUGCAUGUCUUUACCUUCAGCAGCCGGCUGUACGCCCACACCAUUGCAGGCUUCUUAGAUCCUGAAAAGAAGCUUUUUUCUCACCGAAUAUUAUCACGAGAUGAAUGCAUCGACCCUUUCUCUAAGACAGGGAACCUCAGAAAUCUCUUUCCUUGUGGUGACUCAAUGGUUUGCAUUAUUGAUGACCGUGAAGAUGUCUGGAAGUUUGCCCCCAAUCUCAUAACCGUGAAGAAAUAUGUCUACUUCCAGGGCACAGGUGACAUCAAUGCUCCACCUGUUUCCCGGGAUGUGCCAAUGAGGAAGAAGGUGAAUCAUUGUUCGAAAGGGACUGAGGCUCCGGAGCACAUGCUGUCUGGGAAGGACCCUGAGGAAGGAAAGCCUGCAGGGACAGAGCAAAGCAAUGGCCUCGGGAAAUCCCCCACAGAGCUUAAUGGUACCAAGGCAGGGCCGGAGGACCUGUCCAGCAGGGACACACCUUCCCAUGAAAGAGUGGAUGACGGUGACCCCUCACGCUGCACCCUGGGUGCUGUGGCCAGCAGCGGUGAGCUGGUCAGCGGGAAGGAGCCCCUGGUGUCUUCAGAGCUGUCAGCCCACAGCACCCCUGGAAAUGACUUGGACUUUGACUUGUCUAGUGACAGCGAGAGCAACAGCGAGCUCGAUGGCCGCAGGUCAUCAUCCUCUGCCUCCGACAGUGACAGUGAGAGGAAGAGACGACGUAGGAGGCCUAGGGUUUCAGGGAAGAGUGCAAGUGCCCCGCCUGGGACGGAGAAGCCCACAGGCACAACUCCAUCAGGCCACCUGCAGGACAAAGGCCCUGACCUUGAAGUGCCAGAGGAGAGCGAGCAGGGUGGCCUCUGUGACCUGGGGAACGGCUGUGCUGACCGAAAGGAGGCUGAGACCGAGUCCCAGAACAGUGAGCAGUCAGGCAUCACUGUGGGUGAGUCCCUCGACCAGAGCAUGGAGGAGGAAGAGGAGGAGGCAGAUGCUGAUGACGACGAUCACCUGGUCCACCUUGAGGAGAUCCUCGUCCGGGUGCACACUGACUACUAUGCCAAGUAUGACAGGUACCUCAACAAGGAGACCGAGGAAGCCCCAGACAUUCGCAAGAUCGUCCCCGAACUGAAAAGCAAAGUGCUUGCUGACGUCGCCAUCAUUUUCAGCGGCUUGCACCCUACCAACUUCCCUGUGGAGAAGACCCGGGAGCACUACCAUGCCACAGCCCUUGGGGCUAGGAUCCUCACCAACCUCGUGCUGAGCCCUGACGACCCCAACAGGCCAACCCACCUGAUUGCAGCUAGGGCUGGCACCGAGAAAGUUCGCCAGGCCCAGGAGUGUAGGCACCUGCAUGUGGUCAACCCCGACUGGCUGUGGAGCUGCCUGGAGAGAUGGGAGAAGGUGGAGGAGCGACUCUUCCCACUCCGGGACGACUAUGCCAGGACGCAGAGGGAGACUGGCCCUGCAGCCUUCCCCGACAGACAAGGUGCCUUCCAGACGACCUUGUUCCACCCUACACCGGUCCACCCGCGGAGCCCGCCUGUCCCUGAGGCCCGCAUCUACGAUGCCAGCACCGGAAGGCUCAUCCGGAAGAAUGCGCAGUCCACAGUGCUGCCUGUGUCCUCGCAGGCCCCCACACCACCCUCAUCACUGCCAGUGCACGGGGAGCACACCUCCUUCAGAGUUGUUCAGCCACUUCAGCAGCAGCUGUUUGAUGAAGAGGUGCGCGAAAACCCCGACGAAGAGCAGCCUGGCCCUUCUAGAAGAAAACGCCAGCCCAGUAUGUCAGAGACAAUGCCGCUGUACACACUUUGUAAGGAGGAUUUAGAGAGUAUGGACAAAGAGGUGGAUGACAUCCUAGGAGAAGGCAGUGAUGACAGUGACAGUGAAAAGAAGAAGCCAGAGGAGGAAGAGGAGGAGGGAAAGCAAGUGAGAAACCCACAGGAUAGAGUAGAACUGCCCUCCAGGGCCCCAGGAAUCAAAACAAAUUCAGGUCUCAAGUUGCAGGGCCAUAAGAGAAAACUGAAUGAGGAGGACGCGGCCAGUGACUCCAGCCAAGAGGACGAAGAAGGCAGCAGCUCUGAGGCCGAUGAGAUGGCCGCAGCCCUGGAGGCUGAGCUGGGUGACUUCAUGUGA